GAGCGAGGACAUAGAGCGAGGGUUAAGCCAUUGCGGGUUAAUAGUGCUCUUUUUUUGGGGGGGAUUCAAAGUGACGGGAACUUAUCCGGGCAACGUUUCUACCCACCGGCUGCAUCCAAGGUCUGCGGGAUUCUGGAAAGCGGGGAGAAUUGGUGAUCCGGUUCCUGCGGCAAGAAGUGGGUGACCUGUUGGAAUGAACGGCGAACAGAUAGAUUUAUCCAUUGUCCACGUCGACUGGAGCCCGUCCAUGUACCCCUUGUUUGAAGACAGCAACAGCAGCUGCGGAUCUCUGGGGACGUCGGUGCAGAGCGUCGCGACCAACGAGAGCGAAGACAACGAGCCCGAGGAAGAUAAAUUGUGCGCGGUUUGUGGGGACAAAGCCAACGGCUACCACUUCCAUGUCCUGACCUGCGAGGGGUGCAAGGGCUUCUUCAGACGUUCAAUCAGCAAAGGACUACACUUUACCUGCCCGUUCACCCGGACCUGCCCCAUCACCAAGGCCAAGCGGCGGAGAUGCCAGGCGUGCCGACUCCAGAAGUGCCUGGACGUGGGCAUGAGGACCGACAUGAUAAUGACGGAAGAAGCUCUGUUGAUGCGUCGCGAACUUAGAAAGAGAAAAAAGCAGGAACGCAUGCAGAGGACGCGGCCGGUGGUAGAAGCGGGAUCGCUGACGGAUGACCAGAAGCAGCUGAUCUCCAUUCUUACCGAAGCCCACAACAAACACUUGGAUACAUGUUUUUCGCAGUUUAAGGAUUAUAGGCCACAGGUGAAAAUACAGAAGUUCAGUCUGGAGAAUUCUUCAGUUUCCAAUUCACCGUGUGUAUCACCACAUUGCUUCAACGAGUCUACGAACCAGAGCCAGCCGACGUACAUGGACAUGUCUCCAAACGGUCAGCAGCUAAUGGAACAUGUCUUCCAAGCAGGCGUCUUCAAGGAGUUGCCUCAUUUUGCUGAUCUUAGCACUUUCAUGAUCAAGCAGGUCAUCAAAUUUGCCAAAGCCAUCCCUGCUUUCAGAGCAUUUCCAAUAGAAGACCAGAUUUCCCUUUUAAAAGGAUCCACCAUGGAGGUCUGCCAAAUCCAGUUUAACAGGGUUUUCAAUUUGGAAACCAACGAGUGGGAAUGUGGGAAGAUUAAGUUGAGCAUUGAGGAUGGUGCAGUGAGCGGUUUCCAGAAACUGUACCUAGAGCCGCUGCUGAAAUUUCACAUCACGUUACGGAAGAUGAAUCUCCACGACGCGGAAUACGUUUUGAUGGAAGCUCUGGCGCUCCUCUCUCCAGACCGUGCUGGCGUUAUGGAACACAGCAUUAUCGAUGAAAUCCAAGAAAAGAUAGCCCUGACACUGAAAUGCUACAUCGAUUACCAUCAUCCAUUACCGGAAGGCAGGCUGCUCUAUCCAAAACUCUUGUCCUUGCUGACCGAACUCCGUACCCUGAACGAAGAGAACACCCGACAAAUGCUUCACAUCCAGGACAUGGAUGCCACGGCUAUGACCCCACUCAUGAAGGAGUUUUUCUGCUGAAGAAACAAGCAAAACGAUACUGAAAUAUAAAGCUGAAACGCACAGGAGACGGGCGUAAGGGCAUGAGGAUCCAGCCGUCCCUCUUAAGGGUUACUCAGGGAGACGAUGAACUCGCCCUGACCCCAUCUCAUUGUUUGAUUGCACUUUGGAAGUCCUCGUUCUUUGUAAGAAAACCUGAUGUAGGGGUUCUUAAUGGAGGACAGGAAUGAAGGACCCCAUGUUUUCUGCCAUCACGAAAGUGAUGGAUACAGGCCAGAGCUGCGGCGAAAGCAAGCACAGCGCUCGCCGAGUGAUAUUAUUCCAUCGACACUAUAAGAGUUAGGCAAAGCGUAAGAGCACACAACCUCUACGAGGCUUCCCCCAACACACACACCAUGUUUAACAGGCU